AUGGAAAAAUUCGUAUUUUUAUGUGUCGUGCUCAUGGCUUGUAGUCUUGAAGCUCAUAACGUACACUUAUCAAAAGAUCAAAAAGAAAAAAUACAACAAUACACCGUAGAAUGUAUCAAAGAAACCGGAGUUAAGACUGAGCUCAUAGAAGAAGCGAAAAAGGGCCAAUUGAGCGAUGAUGGGGGCUUCAAAAAAUUCUUAUUCUGCUUCUUUCAAAAAACUGGAAUGCUGACAUCUGAUGCAAAACUUAAUACUGAAGUCGCUUUAUCAAAGCUCCCACCAGGAAUAGACAAAGCCGCAGCUUCGAAAUUGCUUGAUGAAUGUAAAGCGAAGAAGGGCAAGGACAGCGCAGACACAGCAUAUGAAAUCUUCAAAUGUUAUUAUAGUGGCACAAAACAACACGUAAUUUUUGCUUAG